AUGAAAACAAGACGGCCUGCCACGCCUAAUUUCGACUGCAGACCACAGAGUAAGGAGACUGGAGUUUGCAAGAGAUCAUGGAAAUUUGCAAAUCUGUCACUUGAGAUCCGUACUCUUUACAGACAAUCCAAAUUCUGUGUGGAUUUUAAUGAUGGAAGGUGUCGAGUGUGGAGACAGAAGAAUGAGCGUUUCAGUGAUGCUGUGUUGCUCAACACGAUCGCUUUGGUGGAGAGGCAAAUUCAGCAACGGGAUCCUGCUCCAUCCAAUACUAAAGAACCUGAAGUUGCUCUGUUAAAGGAAUGGGAUCGCAUUCCCCAAGGACCAUCCGUUCACUCAUUUGAAGUUUCCCCAGGCGAUGCAGGGCUGUUUUUUAAGCAAAGGGAAGCCACACAAAAAAAUUUCAAAGCAAAAGUCAGGAUGUAUGAAGAACUGCAGAAAGAAGCUCAUAACCCUUAUACCAAUCCAAUGAGGGAAAUGCGUCGCACUGUUCAAGUUAGGGGUAAUUAUAAAAAAUGCAUUGGAAAUUGGAUGGACCAAGAAAUCAGGAUUGUGUUGUUUGGGAAAACUGGAAGCGGGAAAAGUGCCUCAGGGAAUACUAUUCUUGGAGAGAAAAUGUUUGAAUCCAGUCUUUCGGGGUCAUCGGUGACGAGCAAAUGUUCCAAAAAGCACGCUAUCAGAUUUGACAGGAAAAUAUUAAUUGUCGACACACCUGGGAUUUUUGAUACAAGGCAUUCACAAGAAAUAAUUCAGAAUGAAAUAGUUAAAUGCAUUAGCAUUACAUCACCAGGUCCCCACGCAUUUAUUCUUGUAUUAUCCUUAACUAGAUACACAGAAGAAGAACACAAUUCCGUCAUGCAUUUUGUCAAACAUUUUGGCGAAGAUAUAUACAGAUAUUUUAUCGUUCUAUUCACCCGCAAGGAUGACUUAGACGAAGAAGGGAAAACACUAUUGGAGCAUAUUCAGACAGUUCCACCAGAACUUCAAUUAUUCAUUCAAAAAUGUGGUGGAAGAGUAACUGCCUUCAACAAUAGACUAAAGGGCGAAGAAAUGGACGGGCAAGUCGUAGAGUUGUUAUCAAUGAUUUUGGAAAACGUAGAGAAUAAUAACGGCAAAUGGUACACAAAUGAAAUGUAUGUAAAAGCUGAAAGACUUAUCAAAGAAAGGGAGGCACAAGAACUGAAAAGGGCAAAAGAAGAAAGAGAUAAAGAAAUCCAGGCCAUAGAAAAGAAAUUAGCCGAAAAAUACGAAGCGAAAUUUGCAAGGGAAGAAGAAAGGUUUAGAGAAGCACAAUCCAAACUUGAUGAACUGAUCUGGAAGCAGAGACAAGAAGAAGAUCAAUCAGAACGUUUAAAAGAAAAGGUAAAAGAUUUAGAAAAACAACUUGUAGAAAGCAAGGAGGAGGAAAGAGAUGGAAUAAAGAAAACGUUGGAAUUUAUGCAAAACGAGUUAGCUGUUAAUAAAGCAAACGCGGAAAAAGAUGCGCGUGAAAUUGAAAAAUUGAAAGAAAAGAAAGAAAAGGAAGAAAGAAGACGGGAAAAGAUGCGAAGAGAAGAGGAAGAGGAAAGAAUGAGAAUGAAAGCAGAAACAGAGCAAAGAUUUAGAGGAAUGGAGGAAAACGUUAGGGAUACUAUAAGAACGGAAAUUGAGAAAGAAAAAGGCAUCUUCAGUAAAAUCAAAGAUGGAAUUUCUAGAUUUUUUAGUUGGAUAAAUCCUUUCAAAUAG